GCCUGGUUCCGUAUUUUGUACAUUGUUUCUAUGACAAUACUUUUGUUUUUUUAUUAACCGGUGCCUAAAUUUGUCGAAGUUUAUGAAAACUUCAGUUCCCGAUGCGGUUCAUUCAAACACUGUACGUUACGUAGAACUGUCGACAAAUUUCCCCCAAAUACACGACGUAAGGGGGAAAAAGCGACAUUUCCCCUAAAUAACCGAGGCAAAGGCGAAAAAGCGACAUUUCCCCUUUAUUUCCCCUUUCGUCCGCUUUAUUUCCCCUUUAUUUCCCCUUUUUGUGUUGCUUGGGAUGUUAUUCCGUCCUGGAAGCUAUAGCAACAGUAUGUUGUGCAAACAGGCUUCAACGUUCGCUUAAUGAGCAUUGAAUUCUACUACCUUAGGUGCUAAUCAGUUAUUUCCGUUAAUACUUAACUUAUUAGGUCUUCCUGUUUCACGAGAAAACAUUAUACCUCCGUGACCAAAAACGAUUUCAAACUUCGAGAUGUGGUUCGCAAGAAAGGGACAGAUCUCUCUAAUUCUAUACACCAGAGUUUGAUCCCACUAUAGAAAUGUAUAGGGGUGGAGCAAAACACCAGUGUAGUAUGGGAAGGCCUAAAAGUGUGUUAUAAAGUUAUUAUAAUCUUAAAUAAAAGUCAGCGGCCAAUGAAGCAGAAGAACAGACGGCCGAGAUAGCGUUUAUAUUUCAAAAACCGCGGUAGUGUGCGUAUAUAUCCAAACAAUUAUAUGCGUUUCUUUACCUUCGAUACAGAUAAACAGUAGGAAUUAGAUAUAAAUGUGUCUACACCCAAAGUGAGAUAAAUAGGAAAAAAACGUGGUUUUUAUUUUGUCAUUACAAACUCGUCGAAUAUACAUGUCACAAGUGGUAACCUUUGAAAAGUCGACAAAGUCAUCACAAAUCUGGGAUAACAAACUGAAUUUUUAAGCCCACUUUAUUUUCGAUGCUUUCAACAAAUGUGAUUUGUAAGACCAGUCCUGUUUGCAUAUCAGAAGAACUAAGACGAUUGGGGAGGAAACAUUUUAAUCAGGCACAUAAGAGGACUUCAUUAUUCGGUUCGGAAAACGAGCCACAAUAUUUUGAGAACCCAUUUAGAGAGAAUAACGGUUAUCCGACUUAUAAGUGUCUUAAAACGAACAAUUGCUUCAGUGACGGAAUCGCGAACAAACAAUCUGCUUCAUUUAGUCAGACCAGACAAGUGGAUAAUACCAGUGUAAAACAUUUCCCAAAACAAAUAAUCCAUGAACCUGAACAUACUGAGUCCUGUGAUGUUCUUGAAAGUGAAAAUUCAGGGUUUAUGGAAGGCACUCAUGAAACGGCAUCCACAAACGUCCUGCAAUCGAGAGAAGAGGACAAUGAAUACACAAAUUCUCAGGAAAUUAAAAAUUUAGAUGAAAAUCCUCAAAAUCAUGCCGACGAAAACACAGAGAACGACAAGGUGGAUUACCUGAUUCAAGCCGCCGAGGAAAGAGCCAAAAGAAGAGAACUCGAUAAGCAAAACAGUAGUGAAAACCAACUGUUGUUUGAUGCGUUGCAGAAACCCAAAAGAAAUUCAGAAUAUCAAAGAGGACUAUUAAACGCGCCGUGGUAUACUAAUCCAGAAGAAGGAAUAAGUUCUGAAGAUGUGCAAAGAUAUUACUCAAAGUCUGUGAAACCAGUAUUAAACUCCGUACAGAAAAUUUCAAAAUCUAAAAGUACAACACAACAAGACUUCCCAAAGUACUCCUUACAAGAGCUAAAGGAAUGUAGGCAAAGAAGAAAUUAUAAUGGAAACAAAGAGUCAUUGGACUGGCCUUUCAGUGAGACAAAUGGUAGCAUUAAAAAAGAAGAUGAACUGGGAGGAUCACACUACCAUAGGUCCUCAGCAGUAAUUGGACAAGGUUUUCUGGAGAAAUUCGGUCCAAAAUCACCUCUAAAUAAAAAACUGACGAAUGAUCCACCGGUAGCAGCGUCUAUGCUACGAAACAGCCCAUAUGCGUUUCAUGGAUAAAUGGACUAAAUGCUAAAACCAAUUUCGAAAUGUUCACAAAUAUUUUAAACUUUUUAUUAGCUUGCUUUUAUUAUGAAUGGUCGGUUUUUAAGACUCCUUCUAUCAUGUCAUAAUACAAUCAAAAUCAUUAAUUUACCUUAUUUGUUUUAUGCAAAAGUUAAUUCCAAUUUUUUUAAUAUUUUAACAUUAUCAUAGUACAUUAUUUCGUGACCGGUUUUAAAAUAAAUAAACUCAUUUAUGAGUAACAUAAGAAAGGAAAAUUGUAGAACCUUUCUAUCAUUGAUCAUUAUUAUUGUUAUUAUGACGAUCAUUGAAUAUUCACCAUUAAAAAUAACCUAUGAUUGGGCUUUUUCCUUUUUCCUGUUAAUACUUUACCUUAAGAC